AGGCCCCUGGAGGAGAAAUAGAGGAAAAACCACCGAAUAAGAAACCCUGUCAGUGGCGCUUUUCGCUUCCAAGGGGAAAGUGCUGGGAAAUAAUUAAUGUUUUUUUUAAUUAAAUUUGGAGGGACUUCUUUGGGGGCGUGCGUGUGCGCGUGUGCGCGCAGCCGAUCGUCCGGCGGUACCUUCAGGCUGCUGGAAGACUACAUCUGGAGAAAGCCUCUUUUAAGUCCAAUGUCCAGAAAAUAAUCACAAUAACAACAGCAACAAAAAAUACUCGGCAAAAGUCUGCAGAAUGGAUGGAUUUUAUGACCAGCAAGUGCCUUACAUGGUCACCAAUAAUCCCUGUGGGAGAAACUGUAAUGAGCGACCAACAAAUGUCAGGAAAAGAAAAUUCAUUAACAGAGAUCUGGCUCAUGACUCAGAAGAACUGUUUCAAGAUCUGAGCCAAUUACAGGAGACAUGGCUUGCAGAAGCUCAGGUACCUGACAAUGAUGAGCAGUUUGUGCCAGACUACCAGGCUGAGAGUUUGGCUUUCCAUGGUCUCCCAGUGAAAAUCAAGAAAGAACCGCACAGUCCGUGUUCUGAGCUCAGUUCGGCUUGUAGUCAAGAGCAACCAUUCAAAUUCAGUUAUGGGGAAAAGUGCCUGUACAGUGUCAGUGCCUAUGAUCAGAAGCCACAAGUGGGAAUGAGGCCCUCCAAUCCACCAACUCCAUCCAGCACUCCAGUCUCGCCACUGCACCAUGCAUCCCCAAACUCAGCUCAGAAUCCUAAACCUGACCGGGUUUUUUCUGCUCACCUGCCUCCAUCCCAGCCCAUCCCAGACAACAGCUUCCCCAUGGACCACAGAUUUCGCCGUCAGCUCUCAGAACCUUGCAAUUCAUUCCCUCCUUUGCCUACCAUGCCAAGGGAAGGGCGCCCGAUGUACCAACGGCAGAUGUCUGAGCCAAACAUCCCUUUCCCACCUCAAGGGUUUAAGCAGGAGUAUCAUGAUCCAGUGUACGAACACAAUGCCAUGGUUGGCAAUUCAGUCAAUCAAAACUUCCCCCCUCCUCUGAUGAUUAAACAAGAACCUAGAGAUUUUGCGUAUGAUUCAGAAGUGCCUAGCUGCCAUUCCAUUUACAUGAGGCAAGAAGGCUUCCUGGCUCACCAAAACAGAACAGAAGGUUGUAUGUAUGAAAAGGGGCCGAGACAGUUUUACGAUGACACCUGUGUUGUUCCAGAGAAAUUUGACGGUGAUAUCAAGCAGGAGCCAGGAAUGUACCGCGAGGGGCCCACAUACCAGCGACGGGGCUCCCUUCAGCUGUGGCAGUUUUUGGUCGCCCUCCUUGAUGAUCCGUCGAACUCGCACUUCAUUGCUUGGACUGGCCGAGGGAUGGAAUUCAAGCUGAUCGAACCGGAAGAGGUGGCACGUCGCUGGGGGAUUCAGAAAAACAGGCCAGCCAUGAACUACGAUAAACUUAGCCGUUCUCUUCGUUAUUAUUAUGAGAAGGGAAUCAUGCAAAAGGUUGCUGGAGAAAGAUACGUCUACAAAUUUGUGUGCGACCCCGAAGCCCUCUUCUCUAUGGCCUUCCCGGACAACCAGCGCCCGUUGCUGAAGACCGACAUGGAGCGCCAUAUCAACGAGGAGGACACCGUGCCGCUGUCCCACUUUGAUGAGAGCAUGGUCUACAUGCAGGAAGGAGGCUGCUGCAACACCCACCCUUACAACGAAGGCUAUGUAUAUUAACUGCAGUGACACUGAAGAAUCCCACCCCACCCCAAGCUUCUCCUCUUUCUUGAGACCAGGAGGAAACCCGAAUCCCCUUAAGUUGGUUUUGUAAAAAAAAAAAAAACACAAACAAACACAAAAAAAGAAUUAAAAAGAAUAAAAUAGUACUAUAAAGGGGCUUUUCCUGUUGCAUCACUCCUAUGGUCUCCCAUGGACAGUGCACUUUAUUUGAAAGGGGGAGAUUGGGAUCUAUUGAUUUUAUUCUGUGGAACAAGAAGAGAAGGGUGGGUUUGUGUCCCCCCCCACCUUAAGGUUGGGAAUAGAACAUACAGGUUUUAAGUACAACGGAGCUGUAUCAUGUCUGUUUUCUGUUUCAUAUUGGCUUCAAGAUAUUGUACAAGUUCUCUGGGUAUCCAUAGUACAGUUAAUUCUAGAUGUGAUCAAUAACCGUUUUUGUACACAACUUGGGAAAUUCUAUUAGCCACAAACAUGGCCCUGACCGGCCACACCCUUUGUGCCACACCCUAGUCUAUUUUCUACACCUGAAUUUUAAAAAAACAAAACCCCUGAACCAGACCAUUUCCUCCAGCUUAGUUCAGUACUGCAUGCGCACUGACUUGGCAGAUCUCCAGGGUUUCAGACCGGAGUCCUUCCCAGUCCUACAAGAAAGUGCUUAGGGAUUGGGCCUGUCACAUAGUGCAUGCAAAGUGUGGGCUCUGCUGCUGAGCUGUGGACCAGUUUUGGAAGCUGCAGAAUUAGAUAGGAGCUAGGAGUGCUAGUGCCCCUUUCUGGUUUUGUUUUUCAAAAGGCAUGUUUUGUUUUGUUUUUUGUUUUCCCCCUCUGUUGUUGUUGUUUUUUUAAAAAAUGUUUCUACAUAUCAUUUCUGUUGCCUUGUGCUCGUUAAUGGCUCAUUAAGGAAAGCAUUCAGGUGGAACGGAGAGCACUAUUCCUGGCUUGAAGCGGAUUGUGGUUUCGCUCCUUGUAUCUGGUGCCAUCUUGCUAUGCAAGUACAGCGAAUGUAAAGCCUUUUAGCCUUUUCCAGAGCCACCUGAGUACAGUAAUGCCAUGUGCUGAACCGUUCUGGAUAUUAUUUCAAGACUGAAAACAGAAUUGUGAUCACAGAGGAAGAAGUCGCAUUGUGUCCUUCCAUUUACUUUUAUUCAUAAAUAAGUUAUUUAAUCGAUAGGAAUUAACUGUACUAGGUCACAUAUCUCAUGCUGUUUAGACCACAGCAAGCACUCCUUGAGCAAAAUAUCCAAUACACGAAAAUAGGUACUCUAGUAAUGUUUUUUUUUAGACAUGGUACCCAUUAAUAUGCAUUUAAACCUUUUACUGCUGUGUUACGUUGAUAACCUAUAUACAUACUAGAUAAUGCUAAUGCUUCUGCUGCUGUCUUUUUUUCUGUAAUAUUCUCUUUGCUGAAUUUACUAUGCCCAUUUAUAAGCAAUGCUGUAACUACAGGUAGCAUUUCAGGACAAAAUAGAUGACUUGAACCAUUUAUUGCUUAGGAAAAAAAAUAGCUUAUGCCACAGCUGUUCUAUAAGCAGCUUUUACGCGCGUUGAGAAAUGAAUAGUAAGCUUCAGCUUGCUAAGAGGAGCUCUGCAGAACAUUUUAUACCUUUCAGUGGAGCCGAGACUUAUACAAAGCGUCAAAGAAUACAAUGACUUUGCUGUAUGAUGUUGUAGUGCUGGCACUGAUGCUAUCAAUCAAACUUUUGUUUUUUGGACACUAAAUGUAAAUGUGAUCAGAUACGUUUGGGAGACGAUUUAAAGGUUUUUCUGAUUUUUUUUUACAAUGUUUUUAAUUUUUUUAAUUUUGAGAAGGGUAAUAGUGAAAGCAAGAAACACCUUAUUCUACAUAUAAAAAGAGAGAGAGAAAGUUUUAAAUAUUUAUGAACACCUUUUCUGAAACGUUGAGUUUCCUAGUUUGAAAAGGAUAGAAAUGAGAUUUGAGCUGUCCAGUGAGUAUUUUAGGCAGUGACUCUUCCAGGUAUCUUUCCCCCCCCCCACAUGCCCAUAUUUCCCAGAUGCUAACAACUUUGGAGCAAAAGGAGAUUGAGAAUAGGACUCCAUAAUCAUUAGCCUCAGAAAUAAUGUUUCAUUGUAAAUGACAUUAUAUCAAAGAUGCCUUGAGGUAGAGAUUUACUUUGCACUGUGUGUUGGUCAGGAAACCAGUGCAGUUAUACAUGAUUUAUUAUGCAAUUCAUUUCAAAGUAACAAGUGUUAGCCACUAUAAACCACAGUUACGGAAAAGCACACUGGAUAUGCGUCUUAAUACACCUAGAAACAUAAGAUAUCUUAAUAGGUGCAUGUGUACAAAUCCAGGGCAUGCAACCCCCUAGAGAAACCUCAAUAGGAAGCCUUUUACCUUAUUCCCACUAAUAAUCAAUAGCCCUAAUGCUCCAAUUGAUGAAUAAGAGAACAGACAAAAAGCACCCAUUGGUGCAGACUAGAACCUUUAAACCAGGGGUAUGGAGCCCUGUAGCUCUUCAGAUGAUGUUGGAGUCCAACUCCCAUCAGCUCCAGCCACUUUGGCCAAGAGUCAACUUGUCUAUAGGCCAAACCUAGCUAUAAUACAGGAGGGGCCAAUUUUUAAGGUGGGGAACCUUUAUACAUGCUUAGGUUGGAUUACAACUCCUAGCACCCCUGAUAAUUGAGCAUACUGGCUGGGGCUCACAGAGACUGAAGAAGUAUCGUGUGGGGUAGGGAACUCCUAAGGUAGACAUUAUUUUCAAUGAAAUAGAACCCCUUUGAAUGAAAAGUUAUUUGAAUGCUUUCAAUUCCAUCAAUAUUGGCAUGCAGCAUUUAUUGUCAGGAAGAGAUGUAUAUUUGGUGAAUGGGGCGGGUGGUUUAAAAGAAAAAGAAGCCUAACAUUAAUUCAAAUGUCUAAUACUAUUUUUUACAAAAUUAUAUAUACUGUAUAAGGUAGUGAUUCACUGAAGAAAAUAGGCACUUCACCCACCAUUGAAUGAAUUUGUGGGGUGGAUGGGUGGGGGAAAUGGUACAAAAAGAUGUUAUAUGGAAUUGAUUAACCCUUUUGAAACUGUACCUUUUAAAAGAGUUUAUUUUAAGUUCUGUUUUUAUUCCACAUUUUCCAGGUAGAUUAAUAAAUCUGGCAGCUGAUUUCUGAAA